AUGGCAAUGAGGGAAUUUUCUUCGCUGGAGCUUCACAGCCUUGUCGAGUGGAAGCUACUGAUCAUCUACAAACAGCGUCGCGAUUGGCCAUCGAAACUGCACGACCUCAAUGAGGCUGCCACCACCACCAGCCUCGACAGUUACGCAUUGAAAUUCGUCAUGUCGUCAGAAGGCGGUCCGCCGCUUUCAUUGCGGCCCUUUCCCGUCGCCGACCAAAAGCCCAAGAAUCUUGCCGAGUUCAUUGCUCGAGUCAAUGCCCAGCCUGGGGGCUUCCGCUCCAUAACAGAGGACAAGCUCCGCGAAGAACUCAGGAACAGCGAGGAUCCCGAUGCGGCCGACGAUCAAGACGAAGAAGUGUCCGAGGCCGCUGGGGAGGCCGACGUAGCGGAGAAGGAUCCCGGUGUCGCGCGGAUGGAAGUCUUGAAGAAUAUCGAUAUAGCCGGUAACGCCGCUCUGUUGACCCUCGAUUCCAUGUCUCUCCUCCUCUCCAAACAGAACCCAACACAAGCAGGCUUGACGCUAUCACAACAACUCCGCGACAUGGUCGGCAUUGGCACCUUGGGCGCAGACAAGCUCAACGAUUCGAAUGUCACACCUGCUAAGACAAAGGACAAAGAAUCGGUCGCCAUGGGGUGGACCCUUUUAGAAAUCAACAAGACUAGAGAUUCUUCAGAAGAGGCUGCUUCAUUUUUAGAAAAAGAGAUCAAUUCUGAGAGUAAAUACUGGGAAGAUAUCGUCGGAGUCAAGAAGGCCGGUUGGUCCAUAAGCAGAGUCCCACAGGAGAGGCAUACUUUGGGAGUCAGAUUUGGGUUCUCAGAGGCUGCCGCCGAGUUUAAAAAUAAUGGUUUAGCACCUAUGCGGCGUGGCGACGAUGGCUCUGCAGAUCUCGACUUUGGCCGACUAGGCGGUGUUUCUGAAGCCCUCGUCGUAACAUACGAAAAGGAUGGAAAGGUCAUUGGGCGAUCUACCACGCGGCCGUCCUCUGACGAUGAAUCGCUAGAGGCUCGGGUGCUAGAAGCACGCAACACCAUCUUCUCGCAAGAGCUGUGGCAUGAGCUCACCAAAGAGUCGCGUUCAUUAGCCGCCUACGACGUAAAACCCGAGGGCAGGAAGCUGGCCUGCCAAAUCGACGAAACAACCAAAAUCACUUUAGAACUGCUGCCUUUGGAAUCAUGUCCCUCGCCUGAACAGGACAUGCCAGAAAACGGCCUGGCAGAAAAGAUCUCCAUGGCUCUGCAUAUCCUUCUCAGCUACGCACAUCGAUACAACGAGCUCAUGAGGAUACGGCCUAUCCCCCCUCACAUCUCCCGCUCUACUCGCCAGCAAUCCUACGCUCUCCUCCGCCCUGUCCUUGCGCGCACCAUGUACCUCAAGAACGUUGAGGAAUCUAUGCAAAACAUGGGCUUAUUAGUACGCACCCUCCAAAAGGCCGGCAUUCAAUCCUCAUUCAUCCUACGCACCAUGCAAACAACCGCCUCCGACCCCAGCUCGCGCGGACCAAACCAGCUAUCCGCAUCACACACCUUGGUCCGCAAUCUCCUACAAACGCAAGACUUCACCAUCGAGCUCACCAUCUUCCCCGACGUAUCCCUCACCAUCCGCGGCCGCUCAUUCAGCUUCCCCGUCACAGCAACCUACUACUACAUUCUUCUGCCCGCUUCAUCCCCUCUCCUGGCCCUGUGCCCCCCUUGGUCAGAGGGAUAUCCCAGCGUCCAGGCCCUGGGCGACUACCUCCGCACCGCCAUCGCCCGCGUCCUCACAAAUCACUUUGUCAAGGUGCUCCCCUCACUUCCUCCUUCAACAAGCGACGAUGAUAACGCCACCGCCACCGUUGUGGAAAGCGUCCACGGUACUUCUAUCCAGGGCGCCGACAACAAGACCUUUGAUAUCGGUUUUGUCCUCGAGCGCGCGGGUGACGCCGAACAGCUCAUUCUCUCCGUCAACAAUGCGGCCCAGAGCGAAGACGAAACUAAAACGUGGAAAUGGUCGGUGAACGGGCCUAGCGAGACGACAUCGGCAGAGCAGGUCAUCAAGACGCUCAUCGCGGAACAAGCUCCAUCCUAGAGAGAGAGGCUUGCGAGCUGGGUGUAAAUAAGAAGAAAGUUGACGAACAAGAGACAGAGAUACGGAUGGACAUGGUUAAUAAUGCGUGUUUUGAAAAUAGCGGUUGGCACUCAGAUAGCUUAUUAUAGGCAUCAUAUAUAGAAGAGGAAUAUAGGAGUUUCGCUUUUGGCAAAUUGAGGAGAUUCAUCACUUUGAGGAUUCAUCGAGUACAAGGCCAUAUUUUACCACAUUGUGCAAAUUUCGCAUUUAGUACCUAUUAUAAAUCUCUAGUAUUUCCCCUGGAGAGAUUUUUCUCAGCUUCUGCAUAAACUAUCGUUAUAUCUAUCAUCAAUUUCAUUCUUUUCAUCAAACAUAUAAAGAGUCAAUUGCUCUCAACUCUCGCAAACCUAUACGUUCCUUGACCCUUCCUUUACUGACAAAGCAGCGUCUUAGUCCCUAAAUACACUUUUGGAGGGUGUUAUAAAGACUAUUUUGCCGUCGAACCAGCGCGAACCAUCGCAAAGUAUAUAACAUCUCAAUCAUCUUAAACAGCAAAUCAUUUCUCAAAUUUCUCAAUCAUUCGCGAAGAGAGAAGAGAUUAAAAAAAAAAAAAAGGAAAAACAAAAGAAAAAGAACCUUGGUAAAAAGCUCGCCAAUGCGUCUUGAUAGCACUCUAGCGGCUGUUGAAAAGAAACUUUAGUUCGUUCACAUUAAGACGUCCAAUCUUCAUGCUUUCGGCCUCAUCCAGGGCUGCCUCCACCAUCUCCUUCUUCCGAUUCUGGAGCUCGACGAUUCGAUCUUCGACAGUCUCACGCGUUAGAAUGCGGUAUACCUUCACCUCCUUCUUUUGGCCGAUGCGGUAAGCGCGAUCAACAGCCUGCAUCUCAAUAUAUGGAUUCCAAAAGGGGUCCAUGAUAAUAACGCGAGAAGCGGCAGUGAGGUUGAGUCCAGCAUUUCCCGCGCGAAGAGAU